CAUGGGUGGUGCUGCCGCUGCUCCUUCAUCUUCGUUUCCGACCAAACUCAUCUUAGCCGGCUGUUUCUUAAACUUCUUUUAUAAUUUAAUUUACAGCUACUAAUACCCUUAUUCCUUCUGGAAAUCAGUCGAGUUUUUUUGGUUGAAUCGAAUCAAUCGAUGUCGUUGAUAACGAAUAAGAUGCUCAACUCUUCUGAAAAAGAGCUGAGCGAUAAGUCAUCGGGAGCAGCAACGGAUUCAAAUUUUAAGAAAAUGAACAACGAACCUAGCAAUGCAUCCCAUCAAGUGAAUGAAAAUGUGCAGUCUAAUCACCACCAGCACGACCCCAAAACCAAGGCUCCGGCAAAUAUGCCCAGGGUGCCGACAGAUGCCGACAUGAAACCAAAUGAUGCGAGGAACACCAAUCUUUCAGGGAGUAGAAACAGUAGUCGCAGUGAUAGCAUGGAGAGCACCACCGCGCCGCUUAGGCCGCACACCGGCGGCGACGUGAGGUGGGAUGCUAUUAAUUCGGUGAGUGCGAAAGGCCCCAUCGGUCUCAGCAACUUUCGGCUUCUCAAGCGCAUUGGAUAUGGAGAUAUCGGGAGUGUUUACCUCGUCGAACUUAGAGGAACCAAUGCUUAUUUCGCUAUGAAGGUGAUGGACAAGGCGUCUUUGGCAAGUAGAAACAAGCUAUUGAGAGCUCAAACGGAACGAGAGAUUCUUGGCCUUCUCGACCACCCUUUCUUGCCUACUCUAUAUUCUUACUUUGAGACUGAUAAAUUCUAUUGUCUGGUCAUGGAAUUCUGCAGUGGGGGCAAUCUUCAUUCACUCCGCCAAAAGCAACCCAAUAAGCAUUUCACAGAGGAAGCUGCAAGGUUCUUUGCAUCAGAAGUGUUGCUGGCACUGGAAUAUUUGCACAUGCUAGGUAUAGUAUACAGGGAUUUGAAACCAGAAAACGUGUUGGUAAGAGAUGAAGGUCAUAUAAUGCUCUCGGAUUUCGACUUGUCCCUCCGUUGCUCCGUCAAUCCGAUACUGGUGAAAUCUUCAUCAGGACAUAAUGCGAGCAACGGCGGCUACAACGGUGGCAUCUUGGAUAAUGAGCAAGUGCCCGCGCAUGGUUGCAUGCAGCCAUCCACAUUCUUCCCCCGCAUCCUGCCUAGCAAAAAGAAUCGCAAAUCCAAAUCAGAUUUCGGCCUCUUCGUGGGAGGCUCCAUGCCGGAGUUAAUGGCCGAACCAACCAAUGUCCGGUCGAUGUCGUUCGUCGGUACACACGAAUACUUAGCGCCGGAAAUCAUCCGAGGAGAGGGUCACGGCAGCGCGGUCGACUGGUGGACUUUUGGCAUCUUCUUAUACGAACUCUUGCAUGGAACGACACCAUUCAAAGGCCAAGGCAACCGAGCCACAUUGUUCAACGUAGUAGGGCAGCCACUGAGGUUCCCGGAAAACCCACAAGUGAGCUUUGUGGCUCGAGACCUCAUACGAGGCUUGCUGGUCAAAGAACCGAGCAAACGUAUUGCAUGCAAAAGGGGAGCAACCGAGAUAAAACAACACCCGUUCUUCGAAGGAGUGAACUGGGCACUGGUGAGGAGCGCAAUGCCGCCGCACGUACCGGAGCCUGUGGAUUUUUCGCAGUUGGCAACGAGGGAAGAGAAGAAGAGUAGCCAUGGCGGUCAUCAUCAUCUUCAUAACGAACUUGUUGGAGAUCAAGCAGCUCAAAAAUCCAAUUCAUCUGACUACAUACAAUUUGAAUACUUUUAACACACUACAUUGACCUCUUCUCAUUAACUUCAUUACUGCAAAAAUUAAUUCUAAAUGUGAUGGAUUUCAAUAAAAUGAUUAUAAUUAUAUAAUUAUGAUAAUUAAUAUUUACUAUGUAACCUAUACAUCAUAUAGAUUGUUGUAUGCUUAGGAUUGGAGAUUUUG